AUGCCUGUAGCUAUAAAGAUAAUCGAUCUUGAAAAUGCUGAAGAUGAGAUUGAAGACAUACAACAAGAAAUUGCUAUCCUAUCGCAGCUUGACUCGCAAUACGUUACAAAGUACUAUGCAUCUUACCUCAAAGGGACACAUCUAUGGAUUAUAAUGGAAUACUGUUCAGGAGGAUCUUGCUCCGAUUUGAUGAAACCAGGUGCUUUCAAAGAAGAUUUUAUAGCUAUUAUAUUGCGGGAAUUAUUGAAAGGAUUGGAAUACCUUCAUACGGAGAAUAAACUUCACAGGGGUCAGUUUAAGUUGGAUUUUGAAUGUCGGUUAAAUCCCGUUGUCAAUCUCGUAGUGAAGUUGGCAGAUUUUGGAGUUUCGGGCCAGCUCACGGCUACUAUGAAUAAAAAGAAUACCUUCGUUGGCACGCCGUUUUGGAUGGCGCCCGAAGUUAUUAAACAAUCAGGGUACGAUUAUAAGGCGGAUAUUUGGUCUCUUGGGAUAACUGCCAUCGAGCUCGCAAAGGGUGAACCACCUUACGCAGAUUUACAUCCAAUGAAAGUUCUAUUUCUUAUUCCCAAAAAUCCACCGCCAAUCUUGGAUGGAUUAUUUUCCAAAACUUUUAAAGAAUUUACACAACUUUGCUUACAAAAGGAUCCAGAAAAUCGACCGUCAGCGAAAGACCUUUUAAAGCAUCGAUUCAUUCGUAAUGCAAAAAAGACUUCUUUCUUAACAGAGCUGAUCGAGCGACAUGAGAGGUGGCUAGCAGAUGGUUUGGAUCAUCAAGAAUCCGAUGGUUCAGAAUCACCGGAAACUGGUAAUGAUGACGGUGAAGGAACAAGCUGGGAGUUCAAUACCGUUAAAUCUCCAAAACCAGUUUCACCGACUUUAUCCGACGAGGAAGAACCUCAUUCAAGCACGAGUUCUACCAUAGGUCCAUCAAAAGGCAAACAAUCAUUGGCAAGCACAGAAGAUUCUGGUUAUGAUACUAUCAAGCAUCGGAGACAAAAGGAUGAUGAUGACUAUCCAUAUGAUGAUGCACAGUAUGGAUUAACUGGGGCUGCAAUAUUCGAACACGUUUUUGUGCCAGCGAUUGAUAAAUUACGCGGUAUUGCACCAUCCGCUAAGGCUCAAUCAACUUUGGAUGCACUAAAAAGAGCAUUCAAAGAUGCCGAACAAGAGAACCCUGGUAUAUCCGAAACUUUUAUGCAUGCCGUGUUACAACGAUAUGAUGAGAUAAAUCCAGACAUAAUUUAA